AUGACAGCUGUAGAAACGAUUGGAGGAAUAUUCGGGAGGGCGGUUGAGAGAGGUUCAGCCAUUCUGAUUUCAGCGAACGCCUGGCAAUGCGUGUGUGGCGAGGAAUGGCUCGGUGACUGGUUGGAAAAGGCCGGUGACAGCGAUGUUGGCGAUGGAGUGCUUGGAUGCCUAGUGACAGCGGCUCGUCGAUGCGCUGUUGAUCCCCAGAUGGAGACAGACGAGGUGCGCAGUGUAUGGGUGACGGUGACGGCGUCCAUUUUGGCAGCUGUCUCGCUCUUGAUCCUCAUCGCGAUCGCCUUCCUUUACAUCACCGACGGCAAACAAAGGGUGGUCCUGAUGCGACCGUUGACGUGGUCGAACCGCUUCGGAUCUGCACAAAGCUGA